AUGAAGGCAAUUUUGAUUGACAAGUUUUGUGAGACGUUGGGCCAAGUUCGUGUAUCCGAGGUCCCCAGCCCUGAAGCGACAGGUGACAACAUUCUCAUCCAAGUUCGGGGUGUCGGCGUCAACUAUGUCGACACUCUCUACGCUCUAGGAAAGCACCAGAAUAACAAGAGACAUGUCACUCCCCCUUUCAUCCUCGGCCUCGAGUUUGCCGGCAUCGUCCUCGCCGCGCCCGCAGACUGUGAGUUUCAAAAGGGCGAUGCCGUCUUUGGCGACCACGCUGGUGCCUACGCCGAAGCCGCCGCCGGGCUCGCCGCAACGCUGCCCGUGGCCUACGACGGCCUCGUCUCGGCCGGCCGCCUGCGCGCGGGCGAGACGGUCCUCGUGCACGCCGCCGCGGGCGGCCUCGGUGUCAUGGCAUGCCAGAUCGCGGCCUCGCGUGGCUGCCGCGUCAUCGGUACCGCCGGCUCCGACGACAAGUGCAAGUAUGCAAAGGGCUAUGGCGCAAGCGAGUGCGUCAACUAUACCGCGGAUAAAAAAUGGUGGGAGAAGGUCAAUGCCAUGACGGGGGGCAGAGGCGUGGACGUCGUGUUUGACCCAGUCGGCCUGGUCGAGCCCAGCCUCAGGUGCAUGGCCUCCAAAGGACGCAUCGUCGUGGUGGGCUUCGCAGGCUUGGAUGGCAACUUUGAAAAGAUUGCCAUGAAUCGCAUUCUUUUGAAGCAGGUGGAACUGAUUGGAUAUCGUUUUGGGCAGUCUCUAAGAGAAAACCCUGCCCGUAGAGAGGAGAUUUGGGAGCAGCUGUACCCGAUGCUCGAGUACUUGAGCGUCAAACCUACCCUGUCAGUCAUGUAUGAGGGCUUGGAAAGUGUGCCUAGAGCGUUGAGGGAUAUAUCGGAGCGCAAAAUAUUUGGCAAAGCCGUAGUACGGCCAGCGAUAGGUGGCAGCGUUCACCGCUUGUAA